UAGUCGUCAAAAGUAGAACCUACACAUGCGAUAGUGCCAUCUCUACUUUGUUUUAAUUAUGUAGGCGCAGCACACUGCAUCGCUGUUUGCUCACGAGUUUUAAGUAUAAUUUGCUCAAUUUUUUAAUUUAGUUAAGCUAAUUGCAAGUGCAGAACCCUAAUUGCUCAAUCGCGUACAACAAAGCGCUAGAAAAGAAGAAAACAAAGCUGGUUUUGUAUCAAUUUCGGUGUGAGGACGCGGCGCUGCACUGAAAGUGACGCUAUGCGACCGCAUUUUUGAGCGACAAACGGGAAAAGGCACUGGCCGCCUGGCACAUAACGGGCCCUGGCUUUGUUUUUACGACGUUGCAAAGUCACAAAAACAACAAGAACAACAUAGCAGUCACAAAGGUGUCUCUUAGGAUUCUCACGUUUAUAAUCGAAAUACCCGCACCACCGCACCAAUCAACCCACCAACGAAGCCGCAGAACCCCCACCAACCACUGGCGAUGCAAUUGAAAGCGCCCAAGAGCAGAAAUAUGGCCAGUCUUAAAGAUGAGGAACAGGCGGCGACCACUAGCAACUCCAUCACCAACAACAAUCACUUGAAUAAUUUAAACAACAACCACACCACCAGCAAUAACAACAACAACAACAAUGAGGAUGAUCCAAAAAUCAAAAAGGAGAAUCUGGAAGCCAGGAAACAGGCACUGGAGCAACGGUUGAGCGAAAAGAGCUGGCUUCUGCAGCAGAUUCAGAAGCAGGAGACUGCCAUUAUAAAUGGCAACUACGAGCACAUGUCCAUAAAUGAGUUCUUCGCCCAGCUGGCCCAGCAGUACAAGCACGAGCAGCAACUGCAGUCCCUGGCCAGGGAGAACAGCUCCAUUCUGAGGCGGAAACAGAGCACCACCAGCAGGGAGAGCCGGGAGAGUCAGAUGACCAACAACAACAACAAUAACCGCCAAUCGGAAACGCUUUCGAACCGGAGUUCGGAGUAUGACAACUACCAACCGGCGCCAUCGGCGGGGGCGGGCGAUAUGCUGGUGAUAGGCGUGGCCCAGCAGAUGGCGCAGCAGCAGCCCCCGCUGGUGAAGAGCGCCCUGAAGAAGCGACCCACUCCCACACCCAGCCAGAUGCAGUUUAUGCGCCUGCAGCACCAGCAACAUCAGCAGCAGCAAUCGCAUCUCAUGAUGAACAUGAACUACCAGAGAUCCCAGCCGGAUGUAAUAUCCAUGUACUCGGCGAACUCCUCCAAUGUGGCCACGCUGCGGCAACCGCCACAAGUGGCACCCCAGCAGCAACUGAUCACGGUGCAGUGCGAUAAGUACUAUCUCUCGCCCACGCACCAGAGCUACAACGAGGGCGGCUUCAUUAAAUCCAGUCAGAACAUCAAGAAGUAUGUCUCGCCCCUGGCGUCGCCCAGCAAUCUCAGCUACGAACAUCAGCAGCAUCAGCAGCGGAAUCCCAUGCACCACCAAAGGCAACUGGAUGCCAUAUCCCUGGCGCCCAGUUACGUUUCCGUGGACAUCGAAGCCGCCCAACAGCAGUACCGCUGGCGUUCCCAAUCCCACAUAGCGCCCCUGACUCCUCCGCAGCUGGGAAUCAUAGAUGCCAAGUCGCACUCCAGCGACAUGCUGGCCGCCAGUCGCUAUGCCCCUCAUGAUGAGAUCUCUCUGUCGUCCUCCUCCACCACCAUCGAGAAGAAGGCCAAGCCGAAGCAAUGGCUGGAGUCCUCGUUGGAUGGACCGGCGGUGAUAAGGCAAAUGGACUCCCAGCCGCACAGCCCGGCUGGAAGCAACAGCAGUAGUGGCAACCAGGCAUCGGCCAUGGCCUCGGGCAAGCCCAGGGCCAAGCUCUCCUCCCAGUCCAUGUCGGUGUCGGGCCGGCACUACUCCAUGUCCAAUCAGCGGUCUGCCCAGAACUAUCCCAGUGCCAGCUACGCGGUGAACACGAGUUCCAAAGCCGUGCUGAGCCAGUCCACGUCCUAUCUGAACGCCAUGGAGCAGACAAUGGGCAUAUCGGCGUCGUAUCCACUGGAACCCCUGGACAUUCCACCAUUUCGGAACUUGCCACCGAAACCGAGUCAGAUGCAGCAGCCGACGCCGCCGCCCAGACCUCCGCCAGCUAAUCAAAAUCAGAGCCAGUCUUCAAAUCUAAAUCUGAGUCAGAUCGGAGGGGCCAUGCCGCUUGGAGUUAAUGCAGUGCAGACUGCUCUGGUGUCGCCACCACUGACUGUGGCCACGGCCAGCUUAUCGCCGGAUAUUCGGAUCGAGUCGCCGAAGAACAUGACCGUGGUCCAGCAGGCCACGUUCCAGCCGUACAAGGAGGUGACCAAGCCCUUCGAGAUGUCCGACUUCUACAAGUACUCCACAAAGUUCAAGCAGAAGGAGGGCGGCAACCCCAACUGACCUCUAAGGCGGCGAGGGAUUUAAAACACAAUGUCAACCGUUUCAUGUGAUUAACUAAAAUUAUUUUUGUCAGUAGACUGACGAAGCUACAAAACAAACACUUCACGAGCUUUUAAGAUUAACUUUUGAGAGAGAAAUGCUCAUUGAAUUAUUUGCCAAAAUUGUAUAACUUUUGACCAUUUUUGAAAUUAUUUUACGAAUCAGGACAAUACUAUUCCAAGAAGGGAAUACAAAAUCGCCUUAUGGCAGGAUGCCUAAAAAGUAUGCAAGUACUUUAUAAAUCUAAAAAAGAAGCAUUUACAAAAACUAACCAUAACCAUAGACAAGAAACAUAAAACUGACUAGCAAUUGUUACAGAGUGUAUUAGUUAAGGUAUUUACACUAAUCUAAGGAUAUUUUUAUACGAUUAUACAUGUAACAUACUUUUGUAUGUGAGUGGAGACUAAUUAUUGACAAGCAAUAACAAAUACAAAUAAAUGCAUAAUUUUUGUAA